CCCUCUUCUCACCCCACAGAGCACCUCGAAGUCCUGCUGACCCCCCCAGAGCGAACGCCGCGGCUGCGCUUCGUCUUCAACCUGAGCAGCCUGCCCGCCGACGAGGCCGUCUCCUCAGCGGAGCUGCGGCUCUUCCGCCGGCAGGUGCCCGACGGGGCGGCCUGGGAGCGGGGCUGGCACCGGAUCAACGUCUACGAGGUGAUGAAGCCGGCGGCGGCAGGGGGCGAGGCGGCCACCCGCCUGCUGGACACGCGCCUGGUGCACCACAACGUCAGCCGCUGGGAGAGCUUUGACGUGAGCCCGGCGGUGGCCCGAUGGACGGCGGGCGGGCAGCCCAACCACGGCCUGGCCGUGGAGGUGGUCCCGCUGCACCCCGCAGCGGCGGCCCCCCACAGUGGCCACGUCCGGAUGAGCCGCUCCCUGCCCCGAGGGGGCGGCUGGGACGACGACGCGGAGACCUGGGCGCACCUCCGGCCGCUGCUGGUCACCUUCAGCCACGACGGCCGCGGCCAGGCGCCGCUCACCCGCCGCCGGGCUCCCCGCAGCCCCAAGCACGGGCACCCGCGGCCCCGCAAGAGCAAGAAGAACUGCCGCCGGCAUGCGCUGUAUGUGGACUUCAGCGACGUGGGCUGGAACGACUGGAUCGUGGCCCCCCCGGGCUACCAGGCCUACUACUGCCAGGGCGACUGCCCGUUCCCCCUGGCUGACCACCUCAACUCCACCAACCACGCCAUCGUCCAGACCCUGGUCAACUCCGUCAACGCCAGCAUCCCCAAGGCCUGUUGCGUGCCCACCGAGCUGAGCGCCAUCUCUAUGCUCUACCUGGACGAGUACGACAAGGUGGUCCUCAAGAACUACCAAGAAAUGGUGGUGGAGGGGUGCGGCUGCCGCUGAGGGGGGGGCACGCCAGCCGGGGGAGUGGACCCCAGACUCCCAAAGACCAGCUCCCACCUCGGCCUCUCCUCCAACCACCACCGUUCCGCUCCCUUCAACAAACUCCAUUGGUGGCUGGAAGGGUGGACGUCCCAUUGGGGGGAGG